AUGGCUUCAGCUUGGUGCUAUAGGUCUCUACUUAUUUUUGGCAGUAUUUCAUCAGUAUUCACGCAAUGGUCCAUUGAUCAAGUUUGCUACAGCAGUUUCUACUUGAACAGCCCGCAGCCGGCACCGAUAAAAUGUCCUCCAAAUGACUAUUUCUCUUACUACGAAUGCUGUGAUGGACGUCAGGAACUUUGCUGCAGAAAGCCAAGAGCAGUUUUGAUAAUCAUCCUCAUCAUCGUCCUACUCUGCUUCAUUUGCCUGAUGGCUUGUUGCGUUUUUGGCUUCAUUCUCCGUUUGCGUCGCUGGCCGAAAAAGAAGAAAAAUGAGGACGCAGAAGCGCAGACGUCGAAGAAAGCCUCGGUCGUGGAAACUGGUGCUCAGACAAGUUCUGUGGCUCCAGAUGAUGAGUUUGUGAUGGCGUAUGCGGAGUUGCGGGAGACCAAAUGU